UGGGGGGGCGUCGGGGGUCGUCAGUGACCUCGGGCGCGGCUCCUGCCGAGAGGGCGGCGGGGACUCCGAAAGUUACAAUGUGUGAUGAUGUCCCAGAUUGGCAUAUUGGGGAGAAAUGCCUUGCCUCUUCUCUUGAAAAUGGGGAACUUCAUGAAGGAACAGUAUACUCUCUUGAAAAGGACAAGAAUGGAAAAUCAUUUGCUGUUGUAUCAUUCUCGGAGCACAAAGAAAUGAAAGUACCAAUAACUGAACUUUGUGGAGUCAAAGCCAGUAGAGGACCCUGGAAAAGCUUAAUAUUUGAUGAUGGUGACCUGGAAAAGCCUUAUUUUCCUGACAAAAAUCCUCCAUCACCUGCAGUUGCUUUUAAAUUAUCUGACAAUGGUGAUUUUAUCCCGUAUACAAUUAACAGAUACCUGCGUGAUUAUCAAAGGGAAGGAGUCCAAUUUCUGUAUAGACACUAUGCUAAUAAAAGAGGGUGUAUUCUUGGAGAUGAUAUGGGCCUUGGAAAGACAAUACAGGUUAUUUCAUUUUUGGCUGCGGUGUUGCACAAAAAGGGAACACAUGAAGAUAUUGAAAAUAAUAUGCCAGAAUUUUUGCUGAAGAGAAUGAAAAAAGAAUCAAAGUGCUACACAAAGAAGGCUUUCCUCAUAGUGGCCCCUCUUUCAGUGCUGUACAACUGGAAGGAUGAGUUAGACACAUGGGGGUACUUUAAAGUCUCUAUCUUACAUGGCAGUAAAAAGGAUGAUGUCUUGAGUCGCAUCAGGCGAGGAAAAUGCGAAGUUGCCCUCACAACAUAUGAGAUACUUCGCCUGUAUUUGGAUGAAUUUAACAGUGUAGAGUGGUCGGCUGUGAUAGUGGAUGAAGCACACAGAAUCAAGAAUCCAAAGGCUCAAAUAACUCAAACCAUGAAGUCAUUGAAAUGCCUUGUUCGCAUAGGUCUUACUGGAACCAUUCUUCAAAACAAUAUGAAGGAACUUUGGUGUGUUAUGGACUGGGCUGUACCAGGACUUUUGGGUAGCAGACUACAGUUCAAGAAGAAGUUUUCUGAUCCAGUUGAGCAUGGUCAGAGGCAUACUGCAACGAAAAGAGAGCUAGCAACAGGUCGUAAGGCCAUGGUAAAGCUAGCAAGAAAAAUGUCUGCCUGGUUUCUGAGACGUACCAAAGCGCUUAUCAGCGAUCAGUUGCCAAAAAAAGAAGACAGAAUGGUAUACUGUUCGCUGACCGAAUUCCAGAGAGCGGUGUACCAGGCUGUGCUAGAGACAGAGGAUGUAAGCUUAGUAUUGCGAGCAGGAGAGCCUUGUAGCUGCAACAGUGGCCGUAAAAGGAAGAACUGUUGCUACAAAGUAAAUGCUCAUGGUGAAACAAUUAAGUCAUUGCGCUUCAGUUACUUGACAAUCCUACAGAAGGUAGCAAAUCAUGCUGCACUGCUACAGACAGACAACACUACUAAGCAGCAGGAAGCACAUAUCAAACGGGUGUGUAACCAGGUAUUUUCCAGUUUUCCAGAUUUCGUGCAGUUAAGCAAAGAUGCAGCCUUUGAAACAAUUUCAGAUCCCAAGUACAGUGGAAAAAUGAAGGUCCUUCAGAAGCUUUUAAAUCACUUCAGAAAAAACAAGGAUAAAGUUCUUCUUUUUUCCUUUUCCACAAAGUUGCUAGAUGUACUGGAACAAUACUGUAUGGCAUCUGGGCUAGAUUACCGAAGACUUGAUGGAAAUACAAAACCAGAAGAUAGGACCAGAAUUGUGAGAGAGUUCAACAACGUUCAAGAAAUUACCAUAUGUCUUGUAUCUACAAUGGCUGGUGGACUGGGUCUUAAUUUUGUCGGUGCCAAUGUUGUUAUACUGUUUGAUCCUACGUGGAACCCAGCAAAUGAUCUUCAAGCUAUUGACAGAGCUUAUAGAAUUGGCCAAUACAAAGAUGUUAAAGUGUUUAGAUUGAUAUCCCUGGGAACUGUGGAGGAGAUGAUGUACUUGCGACAAGUUUAUAAACAGCAACUUCACUGUGCAGUUGUUGGAAGUGAGAAUGCUAAGCGGUAUUUUGAGGCAGUGCAAGGAUCAAAGGAACAUCAAGGAGAGCUUUUUGGGAUCCAUAACCUUUUCAAACUUAGGACUCAUGGGUCCUGUCUUACCAAAGAUAUCCUGGAGAGAGAAGGUCGUGUAGAAGCAGGAGUUAUGACAGCAACUACAUGGCUAAAGGAAGAGACUUCUCCAUGCAGCUCAGAAAAGUGUGAACAACCAGACUGCAAAGAAGAUAGAAAUCCCAGAAGCAAUCAAGUACAAUUAAAGAGAGACGAAACAGAUUUUUUUGAUGACCUUAGUGAUGAUGAUAUUCUGGAAACUUCUGUGAAAAAAUGUGACAGAAGAAAGCCUUGCAAUGCAAAUAAUUUAAUGGUAACAAAAGGACAGCUUUCCUUAAUGCAAUGUGGAUUCUCUAAGUUGCUGCAAAGAGAAAUUGAAACUACUAAAGAAGAGUGUAAUAACUAUAACUCUCAGCAUUCAAAUUCUGAUGAUCAGACUAUAAGAGCAAAUAUAAAUAGCAAGCAUAGCAAUUUUCUGAAAUCUCGAAGCCAUGUGCAUGUUUUGGAGCAUAGAAAAGCUGUUCCAUCACCAGAUGAAACUAAUAAACAAGGUAUGCGUAGUACAGACCGGAUCGUUUUACCAGUCUCUGAGGCAGAAGAGGGGACAGAAAGUGAGGAUAAAUGGACUCCAAAGGAGAGUUAUGUAGCCAUUGUAACUGAAUCAAGUUCUGAAGAGGAUCAGGAUGUCAUCUUUCCCACCCAAGUUCCAACUUGCCGGCAAGCAGUGUUUGCUAAAAAAGUUGAAAUUCACAGGGCAGCACCUAAAAAUUGUGAAGAGUUAGCAAAAGAGAAAGGUAGAUUGGUAUUUAAGGGAGACAGUAGACAGCUCCAUAGUCCUAGGUCAAAUUUUACCAAAGUCUUGUCUUUUGAAGACAUCAAGAACAACACAAGGGAUUUGAAAGUGUCAAGCGACAUAAGUGAUGAGUCUGAUGAUAUUGAAAUUUCCCAUAAUUCUGAAUCAAGAAAGUUAAAAACUUACAGCUGCCUGAAGUGUAAAGAAAGACACGGCCAUGAUAGUGGACUAGGUAGUUUCUCAAAAUCUCUGCUACUGUCAAAGAAGCGUAGUAGAAAAAUAAAAGAAAGUGAUUCUCAGAAUAUAGAUGAAUUUUCAUCGUCUGAAGAUAACUUACCAGUUGAGGAAAUUCAUGCUGGAAAGCAAAGCUGUAAGUGUAAAAGACAGAGAAGCAGAGUUCAGUUUGAGUCUGAAAUGCUUCAUCCUAUUCAAGAUACGUCUGUUGGACAAAUGAAGUCUAGCAAUUAUGCGAUGUGUAGAACUUCUGCAAGUAAAAUUGAAUUUGAAGAUCAAGAGCAAAAUGCAGGAUCGAUGGACAGAUAUUUAGAUGGUGUUCAAGAAGUGGCAUAUAUUCAUUCGAAUCAGAAUGUGGUCGGAUCCAGCAAGGCUGAGAAUCGCUUGAGCCGGUGGGCAGUGCGAGAUGUAUUUGAGUUGAAGCAGUUUUCCCAGCUCCCUGCUAAUAUAGCAGUCUGUAGUGCCAAGAAAAAUGAUGAAAACCCAGAAGACGACGCAGCAGAGAGGGACAUUAAGGCAGAGCAAGAAAUAUUGGCGAACAAUAAGCAAAGUCACCAAUGUGUUAUGCAUCCUGUGACGCAGAAAACCAAAAAAGUACACAAAGUAGGUUCAACUACCAUCUUGAUUGGAAAGACACCCAAAAGAAUCCGCAGAAGACAAUUUGAGGAAAUGGCAUCUCACUUUAAUAUGGGUUCAGUGGAAGAACUAGCAGAGUAUGUUGUAAAAGCUACAUCAGAAACAAGACAGAAGAUGUUGAAAGAAUUCUAUGUUUCCAAGCAUCCAGAGUUGGAUUCUUUCUUCUCGGUUGAAAUACUAGCACAAGCUUCACAUGAUUGUGAAGAAAGUGAAUUGGGCACAACAUUUUCCAGAAAAAGAAAAUCCGUUAGAAGAUCUGAGUCUAGGUCUUCAUUAGCUAAAGGUAUACUUCUGAAUGGAGCUACAGAAAUGCAGAGCUAUAAAGAAGUAAAGCAGCUUCAUGAUGACUACUGCACACAAGAUAUGUGUGUUGAUGCAAAAUGUAAACUGUCAUCCACUGUUGCUACUCAGCAUAUUGGAAGGAGAAACAGUCAGGCAUUCAAGGAUUUUAUGGCAUCUGGCUCAUUAAGCAAUAAAUCAGAAAUAAUUGAGGUGCUGUCCCUAAAAAGUUGUGAAGGACAGCAGGACUCCAGGGAAACACAGCUGCCAAGAAAAAGAUCCUUGUCUCAGUCAGAAAAUGGGGAGAGAAAAGCUCAGGGUUGUAAGAAAAAGUCUUUUGAGGACAUACUUGGAGAUACUUCUAUUCUCAAUGAUCUCUUCAAAAAUGAUGGAAAUGGGUCUACAGAAUCUCCAAGGCAGUUUACUUCAGGGCAUGUAGAAAAAUCAAAGGAGAGACCAAAAGACUUCUGGGACAUGCUGAAUGAGCAGAAUGAGGAAAGCCUCAGAAAGCUCACAGACGUAGCGGUCAUAGAGAAGCUAUGUGAAAGAGCACCUCAUCAGCCAAUGACAGAGGAGAAAGAAGUGUGUGAAAGUUCUCUUUGGAAAGAAAAUGAGAAUUUUCUAUGGAAAAAGUAUAGUCCAGGUGAUUCAGAUGAACCAUCCACUGCUACAUCUUGUAAUGUAGUAAAAUGAAAGUUUUUAAGUGAGUUGCAAUAUAAUUAACUUAGUUAAUUAAUAAAAUUUGCAGAACUUCAACUGUAUGCAGUAAAAUGUGAUACCUUCAUGAAAUUAAAGGCAAAGGGAUUAAUUCAUAUUUAUGACAUUUUACAGAUGUGAAUAUAUAUUUAAUAUGAUACAUAUAUAUACAUAGUAUGUAUGUGCAUGUAUAGUACAUAUGUAGUAUAUAUUAUUGUGAACUAUGAUAUAUUAAU